AUGUCUCGGAAAAUAUGCACACCGUUCUGCAUCAAAGGAAAGCCGUGCCUCAAAUACCACGAUCUCCUCGUUGCGAUUUUAGAGUGCCCAGAUAUCAGGGACAAACGCGGGAAAAUGGACGAGUUUGAAGAAACCGUCAUCUUUUCUAAAGAAAGGCUGGAAGACAGAAGAAGAAAUCCCUGAUCCCGUAAAGAAUUAUCGCUUACCUCUUCUGCACUGGGCAGGCCUUCUUGGCAAGUGUAGAGCAGUGGAUGGUUAAUUAAAAAUGGUAGGUACUCAGGGUCGUGCUAAACAAGUUUUUUGUGGUCUCUGUUUAGGCUAAAUGGAGCUUGGUGUUACCCCACCUUAUCGUUAAAGUCUCAUAAUGCUAAACGAUGCCAAUAUAGGGAUUAACUCGAAAUUCAUUAAGUAUCUUUUGGGUUUGUAGAGGGUCCCCAAUAGGUUUUUCGGGAUAUUGAAAGGCCGAGUCCGGGAAUUUAGGGUACGAAUGGAGUGAGAUGCGGGAUUGUUGUUAUGAACGGGACUCGGGAAUUGAGGAGCGGGAUUCGGGAAAUAUUCCCUUAUACGAACCGAGAGCCGGGAUGUCCGUUAACGAGAGUUCAUGAGGAAAUUGAUCUUCCCAGUCCAUGAAAAGCAUCAGUCGGACAGGCUCUCUGGCUUUCAAGUGAACAGUUGAAGCAACCAAUCAUACUAGGUCCACUCAGCUAAAUCCAUCAAUCACAGAAUUGAUCACAAUAACCAUAGCAACAACCUCUUAUCCAAAAGAAAUAAGGUAAUUUCCAAAAUGUAGGUAUAUUUAACCAGUAAGGACAUUGUCUUCACUGGAGAUUUUUGUUCUAGGUGUAUUUGUUUUUUUGCAAAUUGAUAUGGUUAUGAUUAAUUGGUAGCAGGAUUUCUUGUCGUCCAAUUCUGUCUGUAAUCAUACUCUUGAUUAACAAAUAGGACUUCUGCUUUGUGGUCGUGCCAUUUUGUUAAUCACUCGUAUGAUUACAGACCGAGUUGGACUCCUCUCAGUCAUAUUACCAUUAUUUAUAGGGCAACAUAGAAUCUACUUUUUAUGUGACAAAAAGCAACCAUGGUAAUGUCAUCCAUGCAUCUGUCUUCUCAUAGAUUAUGAGAAAAAAUUAAUCAAAAUGCUUGCAUAGUUAAGCUUAUUAUAAAUGAAUACCCCAAUAAUCUUUCAUUUGAUCUUUUAGGCUUUGACCCUACUGUUUGUUUGCCACUCACCCAAGAAACUGCCCUGCAUAGAUGUAUUCUCUAUCUACAUUACAGCAAGAUCACACGCCUCAGUUACAAGACUAAGAUUAUGAUACAUUUGCUUAAAGAUUGUCUGCAUCUACAGGAUGAAGCCUUGCAAACAUUACUCCAUACUGCUGCAAUAAAGCUUGGA